AUGUAGUAUUAAGCAGCAUACUAAUCACCUUAACAACAAUAUAUUAAUCCUGGAUAGAUUGAUACUUCAUUUAACUCUGGAUUAGAAGCGAUCUCAAGAUGUCCAAGUAUUUUUAUCAAAUAACGUCCUGAUUAUUUAGAAUCUUUAGGAUUCUGUGAAAAAAAAAAUGUUUAUUAUGUUUACUAAUCUGAUACCUUGGGAAAUUAGCCAGACUUUAAGCAUUAAGCUCCUAUUUUUAAAUGUAAAGAGGAUAGUAGCUGUUGCUAAAGAAAUUUUCUUCCUGGAGCUUGCAGAGCCUUUGAUUUGAAAGUCAAAUAAUAUGAUUAAAAACAAGACACAAACACAGUAUUUAGAUUAAGCAGAGAGUUCAAAUGUACAUUUCUUUGUCUAGCUAGACCUAUUAUGGAAGUUUAAUUAUAAAAUGGAGGAAAACUAGGUUAUAUAUGCUAUCCCUUUAUGUGCUGCGAUAAGGGAGUUGAAAUAAGAGAUGAAAAUAAUUCCUUGUUAUACUCUGUCAAAGGAAGUUGCUGCCAAUGGCCAUUUUUAGUAAAAUUACCUUGUGAAGCAUGUUAAAGGGCAAGAUUUGAUAUUAUUGAUUCACAAGGAUAGAAAGUUUCAGAAUUAUGGAAAGAGUCAGCUGGAUUUUGUAAUGCACUAUGUAAUGUGGAUGCAACCAAUUUUAGAUUAAUGUUCCCUUAGUAAUCUACAAGUAGAUAAAAAGCGUUAUUAUUGGCAGCCGCAUUAUUCAUCGACUUUAACUAUUUUGAAGAAUCACCAUAAGAUUAAAAUAAGGAUUCUCUAUGAUUUUUUCAUAUAUUUAGAUUAUUAUUAAUAGUCAUGUUAAAAGCUUGCAUUAACAAGAAAUUUGAUGAAAUUAGUUAAUUAAAUUUAUUAUUUAUUCCAUUAAUAUUUAUUCGGAUAUAAA